AUGUUCAGUGCCUUGCUCCGUCCCUCAGCCCACAGGAAACAGCUCAAAGACGAGCUCCUGCAUACUCGGAGAGAGAUGGAAGAGGCUGCAAAAGCUGAAGAGAUGCGCAAGCAGGAGGAGGCCGCCGCCGCCAAGAAAGAAUUGCACAUGUCGAGGAUGGAGUUUCUGACGAAGUCCAACAUUUUGCAUGUGACUUUUUACAAGUCCGCCGGCAAAUUCCGAAUGCCUCAUGUUCCCUUUGUCUCUCAUCUCCAAGGCCGUUAUGCCAUAUCCCUCCUCUCUCUACCCACAGCUGACAACUUCUGCCUCAGGCGGAGGCAGCUGUGGUUCUACAUGUGCCUGCCUCAGGCAGGCGCUUGUAUGUCCAUGCCUGUUUGUCCUUCCCUGCCACCCGUGCCCUCGUUCUUGCUGUGUGUUGCACGUGCUUUCGAGUAUGCGGCCAUUUUGGGCCGUCAGUCUCUGCAUUUCUUCGUGCACCUGUCGACUUACGCCUUCAACAGGAAUGUCAUGAACUCUGUCCCAUUCCGUCAUGUUUAUCACUCCCUUUUCAUUAUUUUGUCUCAUUUUCAUCACCAGUUGGAAGGUGCAUUCGAGCUCGCACACUCGAUAAAAAUCUUGUACAGCAUCCAAAGACACGCAGGACCAGAUGCUCUGGAUGUUCAAGAAGAUCAUUACAGGUGCCCCUUACCUUCAAGAACCUGUAAGAGGUUAGACGCCGGAAUACAGACCCUGGUUGGAGGUUUAGAACUGUGGCGCGGAUACUUCCAGAGUGUUCACCCUACUAGUGGAAAGAACAUUGAUGUGUCGACAGUGGUUAUGUCACGGUUCAAGCAGGGUAGCUUUCAGACCGCCACUCUUGCUGUUCUCAAGCAGAAUGAUGCUCAUGCACUGGACCUCUGCCCAGAUUCGCUGCAGUUCAGGCAGUUGAAGAACUUCUUCAAGGGUGUUUCUGUUAGGCAAUGA